UGUUUAACAAGUCCGUCAGCAGACAGUGAUCACUCAAGUCAACAUAGCAAAUCUAAGUCCAAAAAUAAAACUGACUGCAAUGGUAAAAAAUCCACUCGCGGGAAGAUAUCAUCUGUUAGCAAUAAUGCUAUCCCAGGCCCGAGUGGCCAAGCAGUCGAGAGUGAAUCCUCUCUAAUUCUGAUGUCAGAGCUUGUGUCCGAGGUAAAAAACAUGCGGGAAACUAUGGACACUAGAUUAGAUGGUUUUCAGGAACAAAUAGACUCGUUUUAUUAUGAAGGCGGAGAAGACCACACAUAUGGUCAAUUUGACGAUGACGACGAAAUGGAUUACAUUGAACCGAGUCAGAAUAAACUCCAUAAAAGUUCACUGAGUGUAGGAACCGAAACCGGUUCCGUUGGCAUUGCAAACCAGUUGCUCACCACACACCCUGCGCAUGAACAGGAAGUGGCUAUGCCUUCCGGAGAGGAGAAUUUUGACGAGAAUGGCCUUUUGAGUGCUGUCCGUUCUAACUUGCUGCUUGAGCAGCCAGAGGGUGAACCUAUCGACGCAAAAUUGGCUGAACUGGUAACUGAACUCUUUGAGACCAGACCGGACGAAUCGUCCUUAUCGACAAAAAUGAAAUCGAUCAAGAGGCCUGAAAAUUGCCAUGGGUUGAAAACUCCCGAGGUAAACAAACUGCUGUGGGAUUCUAUCAAUCCCGGAGCUAGGUCUAUGGACUGUAGAAUGCAAAAAGUACAGAAUGGCGUGAUUAAAGCUGCCACAUGUGUUACCGCUACACUUGAAGUUCUGAUGAAGAACAAGAAGCAUAUCCCUUCUCCCGUCUACUCGGAAAUGGUUAACAAGUUAUCAGAUACAUUGACUAUGACCUCGUAUUCCAACAGGGAAAUUGUCCAGAGACGAAAAGAACUCAUAAGACCACAUCUGAAUUUCCAGUAUCGACCUUUAUGUGCUCCAAGUGCACCCACUUCAUGUGACUAUCUGUUUGGUGAUGAUAUUGCUAAAAGCCUGAAGGACAUGAAUAUGGCCAGUCAUCUUGGAAAAUCAAUCAGCAGAGGUCGUGGGUAUCACCAGACUGCUCGCUACAUGCCUUAUAAUAAUCAGUUUGGCCGCAGAGGCAGAGGCAGAGGUCGUGGUCGUGGUCGUGGAUUCCCACCUGGAUAUUUUUUAGCAGGGAACCCCCAAUACAACAGAGGUUUCGAAAAGAGAAGAGGAGGGGGGAAGAACUAGCAGUAUUGGCCCCAAUGAGCGAGAGUGAGGAUUCAGCUCAGGUAGACCUUUGAUGUUGCCUGUGCGAAAGGACCUGGUAACCAGUGUGGAAGGUCUCCCACAUCCCAUAGCCAGGAGGCUGAGACUGACAGCCUGCCUACUGUCCGGUAUUGUUUCACACAGAGAGGAAUUUCUGAUGACGCAGCCAAGUUCCUUGUCAAAUCUUGGAGAAAAGGAACACGCAAGCAGUAUGCCUGUUACCUCACAAGAUGGAAAAAGUUUUGUUCUCAAAGGAAAGUUGAUUUCAGUUUGCCAUCUUUAGCAGAUGUGUUAGAUUUCCUACUAUCGCUAGUCAAGGCUGGACUGAGUUAUAGCUCUGUGCACACUGCAAGAUGUGCAUUGUCUACUAUUGUAUUGCUUAAUGAUCAACCAUGUGGUAGUCACCCAAUGGUAUCUAGGUUCCUUAAAGCUGUUUUUCAAGAGAACCCACCAGUUCCUAAAUAUCUGGAGGUGUGGAGUGUAAAAGAUGUUCUUACAUUUCUGCAGAGUUUGCAAACUAUGUUUAUUUCUUUGAAAGAGCUAACUAUCAAGUUAGUACUGUUGGUGUCAUUGACAACUGCCCAGAGAGGUCAAACGUUACAUUUAUUGAGUUUAAACAACAUGACAGAGAAGAAAUCUGACAUUACUUUUCACUUUGCUGAUUUAGUUAAGCAAUCUAAACCUGGAAGACUGACAAAACCUCUGGUUCUUAAGGAGUAUUCAGUGGACAGACGUGUGUGUGUAGUCACUGUUCUGAGAGAAUACAUAAGAAGAACUGCAGAUUUGAGAGGUUCUGAGAAAAAACUGCUCAUUACCUAUAUUAAACCUUAUAAGGCAGUAUCACGGGACACUGUAUCACGGUGGAUAAGGACUGGCCUGGCUCAAGCAGGUAUUGACACUAACGUAUUUGCUGCACACAGUACUAGGGCUGCAGCUACAUCAGCAGCACGACAGGCCUCAGUGCCAAUCAGAACAAUACUUGACAAAGCAGACUGGUCAUCUGAGCAUACAUUUGCCAGUUUCUAUGAUAAGACAAUUGUUGCCAGAGAUAAUUGUUUUGCUGAAGCAAUUCUGCAAUGAGUUGAAUGAUUGGUAGAAGUAUGGUUCGGUGAUUUCAGAAAAGGAACAAAGUCUCCAAGUACAAUUCUGUUAUAUGAAUGCUUCAAUUAGUUUCAUGAAGUGUUUGGAAAUAUAGAUAUAGUUUGCUUACUGUUCUUUGCAAAUGUACAUUAAAAGAAAUGUACAUGUAUUUUAUUUGAUAACUUCGCAAUUGUUGUACUGAAAAACCUUUUGAUAAAGUUAUCAGGCAAUAUUGAAACAUAUCACAUGUAUUA